ACCACGCACCACAGACCAGAGACAAGAGCAGCAUGGCGGAGGAGUACCGGCAGCGCCUCGACAACAACGUGGAGAAGCUCGUCGAGAACUUCAAGGGCCUCGUGACCUCGAGCAAGGUCAAGGACCGGACGCAGACGACGCGCCAGGCGCUGCAGAGCGCGGUCUAUGCCACGACCCUCGUCCAGGCCAGCGAGUCGCUGCUCAAGCUUGUGGCCGAGCUCAAGCUCAGCUUGACGCUCAACGACUUUGAGGGCAUCAACCAAAAGGUCGACGCGACGUGCGAAGAGCUCAAGGAAAAGUGCGACGACGUCGACAUCUCGAUCAUGCAUCUCUCGACGGACGUCGCGUCCGCGCUCUUUGAGCUCGAAGGCCACUACUACCAGAGCCGAUGGCAGACAGCGCCGCCCAUGCCCGCCGCCGCCGCCGAAGACGACGAUCAUCUGGACGUGGACAUGAAAGACCUCAUGUGAUGGCAUCAUCUUCAUCUAGCAUGCUUCCGGCGUCUACUACUCCUAUAUAUACGGUCCGCGUGGCUAUUCGUCA